UCCCUCCAUCCGGCUCCUGGCUGAGUGAGCGGCCCGGCCCACAGAGAACAGCACCGUGCCCGGGGGGGCGGUCGAGAGCAGACGGGCAGGUCGCGUGGGUGUAUGUAUGUAGCCUGUGAGCGCGCGUGUGCGUCAGUGUGUGCCUGCCGGUUUAAGUAUGGAAGAGUUAGCCCGAGAGAGCAUCAGCCUGCUGGCUUCAGCCUCAGCCAAGCCACCGCUGAACGUGGUUGCCGGUCCUCGGCUUGGCUCCAUGGGGGCCAUUUUCAUCAUGCUGAAAUCCGCCCUGGGCGCCGGGCUCCUCAACUUCCCCUGGGCCUUCGAAAGAGCCGGGGGCAUCCGCAGCGCAGUCACCGUGGAGCUGGUCUCUCUCGUGUUCCUGAUCAGUGGUCUGAUCAUCCUGGGCUACUCCUCGUCCAUCAGUGGCCAGUGCACUUACCAGACGGUGGUGAAGGAGGUGUGUGGGCCGGCCAUAGGUCAGCUGUGUGAGAUCUGCUUCGUCUUCAACCUCUUCGUGAUCUCUGUGGCCUUUCUGGUUAUAGUGGAUGACCAGCUGGAGAAGUUGUGUGGCUCCCUGUAUGAGCUGGUGACUGGUUUGCCAGAGUCCGAGAUGCCGUACCACUUCUACACGGACCAGCGCUUCGCCCUGGUGCUACUCUGCGUCCUCCUCAUCCUGCCACUGUCCAUCCCCAAAGAGAUCAGCAUUCAGAAAUACAUCAGUGUUCUAGGCACUCUGGCUGCGACCUACCUGACCAUUGCCAUCAUCAUCAAAUACCACACCACGCCUUCUGUUCUGGGUCACAUCACCCCUCUCUACAGCAGUGGGAUCAGCUCCUGGGCCUCCAUGUUCAGCGUCAUCCCCACCAUCUGCUUUGGUUUCCAAUGCCACGAGGCGUCCAUCGCCAUCUACAGCAGCAUGGAGAACCAGCGGCUCUCUCAUUGGGUCUUCAUCUCUGUGGUCUCCAUGGUCUUCUGUCUUGUCAUCUACUCCCUCAUAGGGGUUUAUGGGUACAUGACAUUUGGUAAAGAAGUGAAGCCCGACAUUCUGAUGUCGUACACCAGCAAUGAUAUUAUGAUGCUCAUCGCCAGGCUGCUGUUCGGAGUCUCCAUCAUCACCAUCUUUCCCAUCAUCCUGCUGCUGGGCAGAUCAGUGAUCCAGGACCCCUUGCUGAGCUGGCGCCGGAGACGUGACGGCAUGGUGACGGCGGAGUUUGAAAGCAGCAGCCGCUAUGUGCUGACAGUCCUGUGGAUAACAGUGACACUGCUCAUCGCCACGUUUGUACCAGACAUCAGCAAGGUCGUCAGUGUCAUCGGAGGGAUCAGCGCCUUUUUCAUCUUCAUCUUCCCGGGACUCUGUCUGAUGUUUGCCAUGCAGUCUGAGCCAGUCUCCUGUAAGACGAGAGUCAUCCUCACAGUUUGGGGAGUGGUGACCCUGAUCUGCGGAGCGUUCAUCUUCGGCCAGAGCACCACCAUCGCUGUCAUGCAGGUCCUCAGAAAGAUCUGACUGUUAACUCCUCACUGAUCCAAGGUUUUUUUUCAUGGAGACAUUGACUUAUACUCUUCCUUUUCCCCUCCCCGAAAGAGCCCAUGGUGAACUAUGACCGCCAUGGGCUCUUUAAAAAUGGACAUGACCCCUGAACAAUCAAGAGCCCCUCAAAACCUGCAACUUAUGGCAUUUACUACAAUGGACUAAACCCAGUAAACAAAAAAACUCCCUCCUUCAGUGUAGAGUAUGUUACUUUUAUUUGGGUUAAUUGUUCUUAGUUGCAACCUGGUGCCAUACUGAGAUGAUCUGAUUGAAAUCCUCAGGUAUUUCUUCUGUUUGUUCUUCUGUAGUUGAUUUAGUCGUUGCUUUUAUAAGUGCAUAUUUGUGCAUAUCUUAUUAGACAUGCCUGUAUUUAGAAAACAUAUACAUACAGUCUCUGGGUAAGAUGAAGACCCUUAAACUGAUAGGGUGCUUUAAACAUGUUUGUCACUGUUUUUAUUUCUCAUAUUCUUGACCGUUAUAUUUCACUGUAAUUGUGGCCAAAAACCAGUUAGAACACUGUAGCAAUGUGAAAUUAAAACUUUGCCAAACAUGGUGCAGUAAACCAGGAAAGCUUAAACCAUUUGCAGUCUGCAUGCUACCACCAGACUAUGUGAUGAAGGAUGUCUGACUGGGGAAUAUUCACAAGACCUGUUGGUAUCCACUGUAGAGCCAUAUAAGACCGAGUUGACAGAGGUUGCUUGAGCAUGCCACAAGCCAAGGGAUGGGGAGGGAGGAUAUAGAUGUUUCUGUACAUGCAGAUGUAUAUUUGCAUGUGUAAAUAAGUCUUGUUAUCUUUUUGUAUGUUUAUUAAAGGAGCUGCAUUCUGAUAUUUGAUUAAUAUGUAACAUGUGUAAUGUAGUCAUGUUAACAGCGAAUAUUGAGCUAAUAUGAAGCCCCCUAAAGGUCAUGGCGAGAUUUUUUUUUUUGAGGACUGCUUUUGCAUUCCCUUGCAAUAAAUUUUGCGUUACUUCGCAAUACUACUUCCGUUCCUUCCUCCUCCUCCUUGUAAUGGAAGGUAGCGUGGAGAUUCUCAAGUUAAUGCAUUUAGCAUUGUUUAUGGACACCUCACCUUAGGCGAUGUCCAUUGCACUGGGUAGAAGCUGUAUGUGCCUCAAUUAUUGCACCGCACCACACCACAAGGCAACAGGCCUUCUACCAAAACCUGUUUCAGCAUUGAAGGUUAUUUUAAUUUGUUUUGUGCAAAAAGUUUUCCAACUUGCGUUAGUCUGCAUUCCUGAUGUAUCUAUUCCUGAUGUGUCUGAAGAAGAAUAGUAUUGCGAGGGAAUGCAAAAGUAGUCCUCAACAAAUUCUCGCUUUGACCUUUAGGUGGCUCUGUGAGUUAAUGAAAAGAUAAUUGAAUAAAAUAAUUUUUAUAUGAA